AACGUUGCCAGUUCACUUGUGCAGCCUGCCUUUGAAAGUUUUGAUAGCAAGCAAUAAUAAGCUCGUCUCACUACCUGAAGAAAUUGGGCAGCUAAGACACCUGAUGGAGCUUGAUGUAAGCUGUAAUGAAAUACAGACAGUUCCAUCACAGAUCGGCAGUUUAUAUUCUCUACGGGACCUGAACCUCAGAAGAAAUCACCUGGUGCAUUUACCUGAAGAGCUUGCCGAGUUGCCUUUGAUUCGGUUAGAUUUCUCCUGCAAUAAAAUCACAACAAUCCCAGUUUGUUACCGUAACCUCAGGCACUUACAGACAAUCACCCUAGAUAACAACCCACUGCAGUCACCCCCUGCACAGAUAUGCAUAAAAGGAAAAGUCCACAUAUUUAAGUAUCUGAACAUGGAAGCAUGCAAAGUAGCGCCAGAUCUUCCAGAUUACGACAGGCGGCCAAUGGGGUUUGGUUCUUGCCAUGAAGAGCUAUAUUCCAGCCGACCAUAUGGAGCACUGGAUUCUGGCUUCAAUAGUGUGGACAGCGGAGACAAAAGGUGGUCAGGAAAUGAACCUACAGAUGAAUUUUCUGAUCUUCCUCUGCGAGUGGCAGAAAUCACAAAAGAACAAAGACUGAGAAGAGAGAGUCAGUACCAGGAACACCGAGGGAGCAUGGUUGUCACCAAUGGUGGAGUGGAACAUGAUCUGGAUCAGAUCGACUUUAUUGACAGUUGUGUCACCGAAGAGGAGGAGGAAGAGGUGAGGCAACCCAAGUGCAUGGAGUCAGACAGCCUCAGCUCACAGUUCAUGGCAUAUAUUGAACAACGGCGAAUAUCUCACGAGGGGUCACCAGUAAAACCAACACCCAUCCGGGAAUUCCACAGGUCAGAAGAUGCCAGAAGAUACUUGCAUCAUAGUAGAGAUGGAGAUGAAUUAAGACGACCUGAAAGUCUGAGCUUGACACAUGACAGAGACCGACAGCAACUUCUGAGGAACUGCUUAGACCGAGCAGAAAGAGGUUCGGGCGACUCAUCUUGCCUUCUUUUGCUGUCCGGCACCCAUAAUCAGGUCUCUCACUCGGAUGCAGAUCUACACAAAAGGCGUGAGCAUUUAGUGGAGCGUACCCGGAGGGAAGCCCAGCUUGCUGCGCUACAAUACGAGGAGGAGAAGAUGAGGACAAAACAGAUCCAAAGGGAGGCCGUCCUAGACUUUGUCAAGCAAAAGGCAUCCCAGAGCCCUCAGAAGCAAAGCCCUCUGGAUAGCGAGUGUCCCUUCCCGUCCAGAAGGUCUCAGCACACUGAUGAUAGUGCCUUGCUGGUGAAUGGUUUUGAGCCUAUCUUAGUGUUUGAGAUUGACAGUAAUACCAACACCAUUAAAAGGAGGCCGGGGACACUCAACCAGAGUGAUGACAGAUCCACCAUCUCGCCAAAUUCACCCACAGCUCAAACAGUUCACCUGUCUGCUCCAUAUCCUGGUCCAGCUGCUGUUGCUGCUGCUCCUCCUUCCUACAGAAAUCCUCCCCAGCGUCCUGAGAGCUUCCUUUUUCGGAAUGUUGCCAGGGAUGAAGUGAGCAAAGCCACUUCAUCACUGUCUCCUUCUGCAUCGACACCUGCUAAUAGCACUGAAGACCAUAGUGAAAACCACAGUUCCAAGCUGCAGGAAGAAGAGGUUGAGCUGAUAGAGCAACUGCGGAAAAAAAUUGAAUCACGGUUGAAAGUGUCUUUGCCCAGCGAUCUUGGAGCAGCGCUGACUGAUGGCGUGGUGCUCUGCCAUUUAGCCAAUCAUGUGCGGCCUCGUUCUGUUCCUAGUAUUCACGUCCCGUCGCCAGCUGUUCCUAAGUUAACCAUGGCCAAGUGUAGACGGAAUGUGGAAAAUUUCCUGGAAGCUUGCCGAAAGAUUGGCGUGCCUCAGGAGCGAUUAUGUUUGCCUCUGCACAUAUUAGAAGAGAGAGGGUUGACGCGAGUGGCAGAGACUGUACAGGCACUUCUGGAGCGGGCCCCCCCAAAACCACAGCACCACCACCAGCAGCAACAGCAGCAGCAGCAGCAGCAGAAUCAGCUGGCUGCUGUGUAGUGACCCCCCCGAGACCUUGUUGCUUUGUCCUUGGCCAAGCCGAAGAAUGCCCGGACUUGACUGCUGGGGCAGCGUGUCCAGACACAGGCAACCUUGCGUUCGAAGGAGGAAAUCUGUAUCCGGGAUUCCUGAAGGGAAUAAUUUUUGCUUCAUUUCUCCACUUUUUUUGGAGGUCGCAAAAGUUUCCAUUGAACUUAAAGAGAAAAUAAUUCUUUGUAAAGUGAGUUUUGCCUGCACACGUGGGAGGGAACCAGGGGCAGAUUUCACCUCCUCUCUCAUUCAUUUCUCAAUAAGGUCACAGUAGAAUUGGGGCAGCGAGUGGGAGCCUUUGAAACUACCCCCCCCCCCCCGAAAAAACACCAUAUGUUUAAAAAACUGUGGGGUGGCUAGUAUGUCGUAUUCAGAUAGGAAAUAUCUUUUGGUUUCUUUGCAAUGCUCUCAUUCGUUUCAGCACACAGGGCAUUUCUUGUGGAUUAGACCCACCUGAACACACACAUACUCCUCAGCCAGGACUUUGGAAGCGCACAUCUAAGAGUUAGGUUUAUGUUCUAGCUUCAACAUCACUCCCAUCGGACGUAUGUAUAGGAAUACUUUUUCACACAGGUUCUUCCUCUGGCAUUCUGUGUCCCAGCACAGCGCAAGAAAUUAAUUGUAGCAUCCAUCUACUCGUAACUUGGUAACUCGCGGUUUCCUGAAAGAGCAAUUCCUGGUACGACUUUUAAUUUUCAUUGUCAAAUCAUCCUACAAAGAAACUGCUGUUUGGAGGUAAAAUAGCAGAGCCCUUGACCUGUGCUUUUCAAAAAUGAUCUGUUAACUGGGUAGGAAAGUGGAUCAUUGAAGUAAACGGAGACCAAUGGCUCUGUUGCAGAAAGAGAAAAAAGUGCUCUUUGGUGGAUUUGAAAGAACAGUUUUUAAGGGUAAUUCUUUUCAUGAAGUUAAUCCAGCAUUUCCUUUUCUGCAUUCUUCUGCCAUCUGUCCUUCCCCUUUAUUCAUUGCUUCUCUCACGUGUUCAAAACCUGUAGCUUUGGAAAGUGUGCAAGGGCAGAUGAAAACCAUGUUAGCAGUUUCUGAAGACUGGAUCUGCCCAGCAUGCACCGUAAAAAUGAGCUGAGAGGUGCAGACUGGCAGUCGUGCAGUUCCUGCAGCUUCACUCCUGCCCCAGAUGUUGCCUUAUCAUGGGCAAUUUGAGGUUCAUGUCUUGUUUCUCCAACUGGAAUGCCUUUCAGACACUUAUCUCCUCCCCCUGAUGCUAACAGAUUUCCAGGUGGAGCCAGCUGUGGGAAUUGGUGGUCAUGUACUGAAGCAUUAUGCUGAUUCUGUGACUGAGAAGAACCGCAGGGAGGGAGCUGGGUAAUCAGAAUGCUGCUGGAAGCAAACCGUGUCAUCACGUAGGUGAGCAAUAUUUGGGCAGCAGGGAGCAAGCCUGUGUGCUGGUUUCAGAGCCACACCCUAUAGCCCCUUGCAGUAUCACAGAGGAUUUGGGGGGGGUGUACUUGGGGGCAGCGAAAUCUUUGGCUGCCUCCAUGCAGCAUGUUCUCUUGUGGCGCCCAUGCAAGGCACUGCUUUCGGUAUUGAUUCCUGGGGAAGAGAGGCCCUCGUGGCCUAUAUGUGAGGUUCACAAAAUAAAGCAGAAAACACUGAAUGUAAUGACAGAUGGCAGGAGGAGGUGAUAGAAUAGUUCAGCUGAGAUGUGUAGACAAUGGAUUUUGAGGAAUCUGGAAAAGAACCUCAGGCUGGCUGUGUUUUUGCCUUUGACAUGCAUCUCCUCUCCCCAAGUGUCGGUGGCGCUGUGUUGAAACAAAGCACAAAUAUCAUUUUCCUGUUGGUUUCCCUGGGCUUUAGGUGGACAUCGUCCUUUUUGCCAUUCUCACACGCCCUCUGCAAUCACUUCAUUUCUAUUUUGAUGCCCUUCCUGGUUAAUUUUGCCUUGCGAGGCUCUCGUGUCCUUGCAGGCUGCUUAGUUCCUUUUUGCUUCAUGACCCCUGGCUCCCAACUCUCCUCUGAAGCACGCGAAGAAUAUUUUUAGCAAAACAGUGGCAUAUGGUUGAAGCAGCAGUUUUCUUCUAGCUCGGACGGCCUCAAGGCCUGCAGGGGCCACAGGACUGCCUGCCUCCUUGCUGAUGCUGGGUGUGCCGUGUUUUGUGGGUGCGGUGUUGCCAGCCAGAAGCAAUUCUUGAGGAACUACAUCAGAUGCAAUAGCAGCAUUGAAAGCCCUCUCUCGGUUUCCUUUGUGUUUCCGUUUGCCACCCCGCGGACCUCUGAUUCAGAUGCUUCACCAGUUCUGCCGCUGUGCCUGCUUCACCAAUUCUCAGCCACUUGUUUUGUACACCUCUCUGGGUUUUCUGUUAUUUAUGCAAGCAGGACUGUCUCAAAGUGGAGGGAAGCAUACUUAGCAUAGCGAGGUGGGUAAGUGAGGAGAGAUUUCAUGAAGGUUAGUCUUUCACUCCCACACCUUUUUUUUUUUUUUAACGUAUAACAGUUUGUAGGCUCCAGCCCAGUUACCAAAAAUGAGCAAGUUCAUCACCAUAUACUGUAAAAACAUCUACCAUGUCAAGGUCAAUCCGUUACCUAGACAGCUCAGUCUGUAUAUUACGGUGGGUUGAGAUACGGUAUUUCCUGCAGCCCGGUUGUGUAGGUCAUCUUUAACUGCAGGAGAAAAGCAGCAGUGUUUGGUAGUGCGGCUGAAGCUCCCAGCCCAAUCCAGCAGGACACAUGCAAGUGGUUGGCCGAAGGCCUUAAGGGCCAGAAAUUCUUAGCAUGCUUUGCGAGAGGACCCAGAAAGGACUGCAUCCUACCAAAGACAUGCAGCUGCCCUUGUGUGGGGCUGCAGUGGGUCUGCUGGUAAGCUGGGGGCUCUUCUGCCUGGGCAGUCGGUAAUGCCCAGGGGUGUAACUGCCAGGAAAUAAUUAAGCACAAUGCGGUGGUAUUGCCUCUCACGCAAAUCACCACCUAUGACCAGGGCUAAAGCAUAUGACAUGCUUUUUUAAAAAACAAACAAAGACAAAUGCUCUGUUUUGUGUCGCUGCGUCAUUUUGUGUCUCUUCACUUUAUUAUAAUCUCAUGAUGGCAAGAGUUCCAUGAAUGGACAUUAACGGCGUGAAGGAAAUCCAGGUCCUUUCAGCCGAUGGCAUGUUUUAUGUAUUAUACCAAAAAGAAAAACCACUUGAGUUUUCUGUUGCUAGUUUUAAAUGGCUUGGGAAUUUUUGUGUUUUGUUAUAUUUAUGUGCAAUUUUUUCCUUGUAUUCAGUGGAAAAAAGUUUUUGUUUUUUAAGAAAAGUGUAUAGAAUUCUAUUUUGUGUGUUGAAGCAACAAUAGAUGGCUGUCCUCUUCUGGGGAAUAUCAGUGCAAGAGAUCCCCCAUUCCGGAGAUGGCGCUUGCUGUUGGGUUCCUAUAAAUCAUUCUGUUUUUGUUACCUGUCCACAAGCAGUCCCAGGCAAACGUGACUAUUCUGAGAAUCAGGUGGUUUUCCAUUCCAGAAUUGACACUUUUAUUUCCAUCUUGCAAGGGGUAUCAUUCAUUCAAGGCUGCUCCAGCAAAGGAUUGUGCUGUUUGCAGAAUUUGGUCUCUAUUUCCUCCAACAGUGCAAAAUAAGCUUUAAAGCUUUAUACAACCCCCCUCCCUUGAUAUUUGGGGAACUAUAGAUGUUGCGUGCACAAUCAUAUUAUCCCAGAUGAAGCUGGUUGUCUGAAAGGACCCAGUGAACAAUAAUUUAUGCAGCACACUCAGUGGGCAAGCUAGAUCUCUCCUGCUUGUCCCGUGAACACUGGCUAUGGAGUCCAUCCCUUAUCCAGUGUUGGCUCAUCCCUUUGCACAGGGUUUCCCAAACUUGGGUCUCCAGCUAGUUUUGAACUACAACUCUCAUCAUCCCCAACCACUGGCCCUGCUAGCUACGGAUGAUGGGACUUAAAGUCCAAAAACAGCUGGAGACCCAAGUUUGGGAAACCCUGUUAGGGUAAGUGGGGCACUGCCCCACCAACCUCAAUGUGCCCCCCAACCACCUCCCAGUUUUCUUGUAUCCACUAAGGCUUGGCUGGGCAUUUCACUGUAUCUGUCCCCAUCUACAGCUGGCCUACCUCCCGCCCUGUCAGUCCCAAAGGGCACCAAAACACACUGUACUAAGUAGACCGUGUCCAGCUUUCUGACUCACACCACAUAGUGACAUUAAGAUGGGGGUCAAAACUAAUUUGCUUCAUGGAAGGCAAACUCACCUUGUUGCUCUGAGUAGCCCCUGCAAGUUCUUGCUAGAGCAGGCCCAAUAGCCUCUGCCUGUCCUAGGGAUGGAUUGCAGUCUCACCUCUGGGUAGAUGGAGAGUAUCUUGUCUUCCUUUUCGUUGCUGGUUAAUCAGAGAGGGCAGACUCGCAGGAAAAGCAAAUGCACUGACUUCUGGCGCAGUUCAUUAAAUGUGCCCAAGAGAACAGCUUCUUGCACUCUCCUCUGUGAGGGCUUGUGCAGGAGCUUUUCCUGACAAAUCUCUGCCACAAAAUAUUUAAAGGAAUCUUUCCAUGACUGUUCAGUAAUGACCGGUGCUAUUAUGUCUUGGAAUGGUUCUUUUAAUUUUGUUUUUUGGGCAGUGGGAGGGAUAUCCUGUAAAUUUGGGUGGGUUUUUUUUUCCCCCUAAGCAUGUUUUGCAGAAGAUUUGAAAGCCUCCAUUUUCAGUGCACUCCAGCUCUCACAUAUUCAUUCUCCUCUAGGCUGGCACUCGGCAGAAAGCCCAGAGGAUAAAGACUUCACUCUUGUUGUUUCUCCAGACUGUAAACGUGUAAUUAGUAGUAUAGCUAAAGGAUUUUUUAAGAAGUUCUUUCCUGUAUUUGUAUGUCUGUAAAUACAUUCCAUAGUUUUCAAAGACUAUAUAAACAUCAUAAUAUCAUGUACUUUAUUUUAAAUUGCCUGUAUGCUACCAGUCAAUUUCUAGCGCACAUGAUAUUAUAAACUUCAAACCUGGGUGAUUUGAAAUAAAGGCUGAAGCUUUAAAACCUG